UGUUGAUAUUUAGCUAACGUUAGCUAGGUUUAAAAAAAAAAAGUCCCUGGCUUCGUUCGGCCUCCGACAAGUCGCGCCUUUACGGAGGCCAAUCAAAAACGGUGGAGGUACAUCCAUCCGGUGCACCAGCAAAUGCAUCAACACAUAAACAUCUUAAAGUCUGUUUACUGGCCAGCAAAUGACAAUCUCGAUCCAUUGAAAAUGGAAAUGUAUGUUUCCAGCAUAAGCAAACGUAAUGCCACAAAGACAGAUCUGAGUUUGUUGCUGGAGUGUCUGAAGUACCAGAUGAAAUGUCCUGCUUCACAGAAACAAGCUCUUUUCACCAUCUACUCCAUCUGUCAACAGAGAGAAGAGAAUGUGGACUUCUUCAGAGAGAUGGGAGGAGUGGUGUUUGUGUACAACCUCUCUAAAUCCAGUGCUCACUCAGAGGUCAGGGAGACUGCUCAGUUCACACUGGGAAUGCUGGCAGAGGCCAAUGUGUACUGUAAGCAGGCCCUGUGUAGGAGGGAGACAUUCAGUGAUCUGGCCGAGUGUCUGAUGCAGCAGGACAGUCCACUGACCCAGAGGAGAGUAGCUGUCUACCUGCUCUCUGUCCUCGUCGCCAACAACAGGUCUGGCCAGAAGUUCGCUCAGACCUCAGGCUGUCUGGAUAUCCUGCUGGACUUGUUCAGAACUAGUUUCCCUCUCUCUGGUGAGGCCACAGUGAGACCUGCUAACGUCACUCAGCUGUUCCAACUCUGGACCUCUGUGUCCAGUGCUCUCUGUGGCUGUGUCAACAACCCCCAGAAUGAGGAGAGCCAGCGUAUGUGUGUGUCAGCCUUCCCCCUGGUCAAGGGCUGGCUGCAGCAGCUCUCUCACCCCUACGCAGAGAUGGUUCAGCCCAUCUGCUCCUUUAUAUCCAUGACUGUUGCCAACAACCAUUGUGCUCAGGAUAGUUUUUCCAUAGUCGGUGGGCUCGAAAAUCUGACACUCACUCUGAUUCGCUUAGCCUCUGAUGCCUCCCACAGCCCAUUGGCUUGUCAGCUGUCUGUCAUCAUGACCAAGACCCUGUCAGCCUGCAUCAUUGACAACCCUGUGUUGGCGUCAGGUCUGGCAGGUUAUGGUUUGGUUCCUCAGCUCCACUCCCUGCUGUCCAGCCGCAGCCUGGAGCCCCAAGACAGGCUCAUUGUCAUACUCACCCUGGGACACUGCACUGAGGCCUCUGAGGAGCACCGGUCUCAGUUCUUACAGUGUGGAGGUCUGUCCCUCAUCACUCUACUGACUGAGUCUACCAGUGAAGAGCUCAGAAAGGCUGCUGCCUUCAUACUGCAGACCUGCAAACAGGCUACUGUGUUUCUGCGCGGUGCGGUACAUGGGGAGUCUCAGGGUCAGACUGCAGAGCUGGAGCCCCCUGUGGACAUGGAGGGGUACUGGAGGUCAGCACGAGACAUGCUGCACAGGAUCAACCAGCUGGAGAGACAACAGGCUCAGGGAGCGGAGGAGGAGUGGGAGGGGGUUGAACCAAGUUCCCCAGACCGACAGAACCCUGCAGAAUGGGGGAGGAAGGAGCUACUCUUACCCCUACCUCUACCCCCAUCCUUAUCCCUACCGCCUCACCACACCUCUUUACCAUACCAGGAGUGGAAUGGAGGCAGGAGGUAUGAGGAAAGAGAGCGUUGGAGAGGAGUAGAGAGUUGGGGUCAAGAGAGAAGAGAGGAGGGAGGAGGAGAAGAGAGGGGGAUGUCCUGUGAACACACCCCAGUCUGGCCGGUUCUAGAGGGGAGGGGUGGAGAUGGAGAGAGAGAGAAUCUACACCAUAGAGUCCUAGAGGAGAAUCAACCCACAAACAGAGGGCAGGACCUAACGAAGCGUGUAAGGAGACAGACCAGUGAGGAGCCUCAGAAACUCAGCCGCAGCAGAGAGAGUGAGAGGGAGAAGAGAACACACACACAAAGGCACACCACUCUGCACAUGUACACACUUGGAAACACACAACCAGAGAAGGACAGGGGCUUGGCAGCUAAGAGAAAUACUUAUCCUCUCUACACAAACACACUCACAGAGAAAUGCACAAACACAGCAUCACACAUACAGACCGAGAACGGCAGAGACAAGCACCUUGGCAUGAGAGAGCAGGCUCACACACCGUCUGUGUCAGCCGUGGGCUAUGCUGGACCUUGUAGAGCUAGUGUCCCUGGGCAGCCCCGUGAUGGAGAGGAUGAGAGGUGUUCUGUAUAUCUGGGGACAGGAACACUGGUCCCUUCCUCCUCCAGUCCAUUAGAAGGACACUCCCAGACACACACACACAGCCAAGUGUUCAAGUGCCCAGCUCCAGGCAAGCCAGGAAUGAGCAGGCAGAAGAAACCGUUGGAUGAUGAAGGCUGUGUGUUCGGUUUGGUGACCAGCCGGUCGUUCCCUGUCCUCCAAAGGAACUGUCCCCACAGCUGUGACCUGCACCUGGUAUUGCAGCAGGCCACACACAGUUACACACAGCACCUCCGAGAUAUACGCAGGAGGAGAGAAAUACACACAACGGGACAGAGAGAGACUCGGCGAGGGACACAGAGCGUCUGGGAUCAUUGCAGAGAUAAGAUUCCUGAAGUGCUGAACACACCCACACACCGAUGUGAUUUGAAUUCGGAUAUGUGUCCUGUUGUAACAGAGGCCAGUCUGACUCCUGUCUGUAAAGAAACCCUCCUGAGGAGCUUCUCAACCAACAGCGGACAACGCAACACUGAUCACAACCAUGUGAGUCUCACUCCCCUUGAGACCUGUGGUCCAUGUGAAGGUAUCGCUUGGAAUCCUUUGCAUAAAGGUCUGAUGAAGAGCCUCUCUUCUGUGACCAGCAGGGGGCAGGAGAGAGGAGACAGAAGGGAGGACGGUGUCAUGGAUGAGGAGGACGGUGUCAUGGAUGAGGAGGACGGUGUCAUGGAUGAGGAGGACGGUGUCAUGGGUGGGGUGGACGGUGUCAUCGGUGGGGAGGACGGUGUCAUCGGUGGGGAGGACGGUGUCAUGCAUGAGGAGGACGGUGUCAUCGAUAAUCAGCAGAAGACUCUUUCUAUGGGAAACCCAUCUUUGACUCAGAGCAGUUCCAAAACCAAGGAAAAGAGGGUGAAUACCAAUGAGAGGAGGGAGAGGAGGAACUUCAGCCGUGAGGAGGAGAGUUAUCUGUGUCGAGGUAUAGAGCGGUUUGGUCCAUCCUGGAACUCCAUCCUUUGGGCCUAUCCGUUCCAGCCGGGACGCACCAACGUUGACCUGGCCAAGAAAUACAAACGCCUGCAGGCUAAAGCCCAGGGUAUGGAUUCAGAUUCCAUGAGAUCCUAGAAGAACACAUUGUCUAUUGUACAUACAUCACAGUCAUAUAUUUGAAAUACUUUAAUGUAAUAUUCAAUAGUAGUUUAAAUACUAUAAUUUAGUCCCCAGUUUGAAAUGAAUUACUAUGCUGUGCUACUGUAAAUAAAAUACAUAAUUUGUUAUUUAAGUUAGUACUAUAUUUGAAAGAUGUUAAUUUCAUGGUCAUGGAGGAUUAAUGAAUGGUCCGUUCUGUAUUUCUCAACCUUGUUGUUUUACACAGCAGUAUUUUGCUGCCUAUUUGAAGUAGUUGGAAUAUUGUUUGGAAUAGAAAAAUGGCAAUUAAUAUAAUAAUAAUUAUAAUAUAAUAAUAUAUGCCAUUUAGCUGACGCUUUUAUCCAAAGCGACUUACAGUCAUGUGUGCAUACAUUCUACGUAUGGGUGGUCCUGGGAAUCGAACCCACUACCCUGGCGUUACAAGCGCCAUGCUCUACCAACUGAGCCACAGAAGGACCAAUUAUUUGUGUAAUGAUUUGCACUUGACGGUUUCAUAAUUGAUCUUGUUCAUUGUUCAUGUAUGGAUUGAGAUUGAAAUGGUUGUUCACUCGUCAUCGACUGAAGAUGUUUGUAUUGAAUUAAACAGAAGGGUGUUUG